CGUCUCCACGUCUAUGAAGCAGACCUGAGCACAGACAACCUGGGCGGAAACCUGGACGAGCAGCAGUGCAGCAGUUCAAGCUUCUCCACAGCCAGCCAGCAUCUGUCUUCUCUCCUCUCCUCACUAGGACCUCAGCACGAUGGUUCACCACAAAGAGUUCGAGACUGCAGGGAAGGAGGACGGCCUGCAGGUGUGGCGGAUAGAGAAAAUGAACAUCGUCCCCGUCCCCAAGGCUCUUCAAGGAAGCUUCUACGAGGGCGAUGCUUACAUCGUGCUCUACACCCGUGAACGUUCUUACUACCUGCACUCGUGGCUGGGUGAGGAAGCCACCCAGGAUGAGAGGGGAGCUGCCGCCAUCUUCAUGAUGCAGCUAGACGACCAUCUUGGUGGAAGCCCAACACAGUUCACUGAGUUUCAGAACCAAGAGUCGAGAACCUUUCUGGGCUACUUCAAGAGAGGCAUCCAGUACAAGAAAGGUGGAGUCGCUUCCGGCUUCAAGCAGGUGGUGACCAACGAGGCCAACCAGAAACGCCUGCUGCACGUUAAAGGUCGCAGGAACAUCAAAGCCAAGGAGGUGGACAUGACCUGGGACAGCUUCAACACAGACGACUGCUUCAUCAUCGUCUUGGGAGAGAAAAUCUUCCACUGGUCCGGCUCAAACAGCAAUCGUUUUGAACGCCUGAAGACAACCGAGCUGGCCAUCGACAUCAAGGACAACGAGCUGAGGGGCCGCGGAAAAAUAGAAAUGAUUGACGAAGGCUCUGAACCGGAAGAAGUCAUCAAGGAACUUGGACCUAAGCCCGACCUCCCAUCUUCAACUUCUGAGGACAAUCACACUGAUGUGAAGAACUACAAGGAUGCGUCUCUCCAUGUGUUUUCUGACGCCUCUGGCACCAUGAAGACGACCGUGGUGGCCGACAAAAACCCAUUCAAACAAAAUCUGCUCAGCAUGGAUGAAUGCUACAUUUUGGAUAAUGGUGCAAACAAAAAGAUAUUUGUGUGGAAAGGAAAAAAUGCUAGUCCGGAUGAGCGCAAAGCAGCAAGGACGGCUGCAGACAAGUUCAUUAAAGAAAAGAAUUACGACCCGAACACUCAGAUCCAGAUCCUGGCAGCAGGGGCUGAGACCAUGCUGUUUAAGCAGUUCUUCUUCAACUGGUUGGACAAGGACGAGACCACAGGCCCAACGAAGCCGUUCAUCACGGGUCGCAUCGCCAAAGUGGAUCAGAUUCCCUUCGAUGCCUCCAAACUCCACGAGACGGCUGCCAUGGCCGCCCAGCACAGCAUGGUGGAUGACGGCUCCGGGAAAGUCCAGAUUUGGCGUGUGGAAGGAAAAGAUAAAGUGCUGAUGGACCCAUCCACCCAUGGACAAUUCUUUGGAGGUGACUGUUACCUGGUGCUGUACAGCUACAACACGGGAGGCAGAGAGAAGCAUAUCAUCUACACCUGGCAGGGGAAGAAGUGCUCUCGGGAUGAACUCGGGGCUUCAGCCAUCCUCACCAUCGCCCUGGACAACUCCAUGGGUGGAGUGGCUACACAGGUUCGUGUCACUCAGGGCCAAGAACCUCCUCAUUUCGUGAGCAUGUUCAAGGGCAAGUUUUUGGUCGUCCACCUGGGUGGGACGAGCCGCGAGGGGGGCCAGAGUGAGCCUGGCAGCAAACGACUCUUCCACAUCCGCCAGUCCUCCACCAAGGCCACGCGGGCUGUUGAGGUGGAGCCCACCGCCUCUGCCCUGAACACAAAUGAUGUGUUUGUGCUGAAGACCCCUGAGUCCCUGUACCUAUGGAAGGGGAAGGGACAAACCGGAGAUGAGAUGGAUGCGGCUCGGUAUGUUGCCAGCCUGCUUGGAGGAGCUGUCACAGAGGUGGAGGAGGGCCAGGAGCCAGCUCCUUUCUGGGCAUCGCUGGGUGGAAAGAAGGAGUACCAGACCUCCAAGAGCCUGCAGAUGGCAGUCAGAGCCCCAAGACUGUUUACCUGUUCUAACAAGACCGGCAGGCUGAUUGCAGAGGAGGUGCCUGGUGAGUUCACACAGGGCGAUCUCCUACCCGACGAUGUCAUGAUUCUCGACACGGGUGCUCAGGUCUUCGUUUGGAUUGGAAAGGAGGCCAAUGAGACUGAGAAAACUGGAUCAACCAAGAUUGUGCAAGACUAUUUGGAAUCGGAUCCCUCCGGUCGCAAAGGCAUCCCCAUCACCACCGUCAAACAAGGGUUGGAGCCUCGUAUCUUCACAGGAUGGUUCCAUGCCUGGGACAGCAAGUUUUGGCAGCAAGACUUCGAGAAGCUCUUGAAACAACGUCUCGAUUAGUGGAAAAAAAACGUGAAGCAGAAGCACCUGCAAAGAUCCAUUAUCCAGCAUUUAUUACCGGACUUCAAAGAAUAAUCAACCUAUGAGAUAUUGGCAUUUUUAAACCUCACAAAUUUCUGUUUCGCGACAAAAGAUUGUACGUUUUAAUGUGGAAUUCACCUUUUUGCCUCCAACUUUGCAAAGAAAAAUUUAGAUUGUGAAACACGUGGUUUUAAUAAAAGUGACCUUUUUUGAAAAUUG